CACCCGGCACUGGAGGUGGCUCGAAGGGGAGGAGUAUCGCGUGAGGUAUUCAGGGGAUAGCUGGUUGGUGCGCAAUUCGAAAGACGAUUGCGUUGCUGAGCUCAGGUCGUCCAUAACCCCUAUCUUCUCGGGGGAAAGCAGCCCUCCCGUGCUGCGAUUUAGCCCGACGCUCUCGAGCGAAGACGAGCGCAUCUUCGUGCUGCUUGUGCUUCUGUAUUCUGAAGCAAAGCGUAAAGACGAACAGGGCUGGGAUGCCUGAACGACUUUGGCGUCGUAGCAUACAUCCAUCCAACACUCUUCCUCUAUUUCGACGUAGGAAAGACCAUUACUCAUACCAUAGACAAUUGUCUACUGCGAGCCCAUAGAAUCCGGCCGAUCUAACUCGCAUCCUUCUACGGAGACGCAGAAAGACCCAUGCGUAUGUCUUACAGAUUUUGUGCCAAGGGUUCAGUAAGGAUGACGAGAAGCAGGGUGAGCAAUGCCAGCGAAUCGUUCGUGUCGUCGUUUGGCGUCGGUACAUUGUCAACGUGACAAACAACGACGUUCCAGAGUCGGAUCUUGUCCGCAAAGUGCAGCCUGACCCAUAACCCAGCGCGCUUUGGUCAUACUCGGGAGACGAAUUCGGCUAAAUCCUCGGCGUCGACGAGAAACCCGGAGCUUAUUAUUUGAGCGGUUAGCUUGGCGAGUACGCGAAGGUUGGAUGCAGAGUUCACGGGGCCGAUACGUGCGCAGGGUCGCACCAUCGCCUGACCCAUGGCUUGACAUUUUCAUGGAAGAAAUUUACGGUUAGUAUGGAAGACUAUGGAAGAGGACAAGGAAGGAGGACGGGCCGGAUUUGCCGGAAGCUAAGCAAAUUUGAAAUCACGGCACGUUCGUAUGGUGGUGCUAAAUUUAUCAUUUCCGUUACGUUUGCUCUUUCACUGUUUGCAAGCACGUUCAUAAGUGUAUGCUGGCGUUGCGUCCCCUUCGACGAACGCCCAUUCUCAUCCCCACCAGGCUGUCCACUCUUUUCCCUCCCUCGCCGAUCCGGACUUGCAAACGAGGUCUUAUGGCUCCGGUUCCCCCUAUGAAGCUUCCCCAGUGCUGGGGACACCGCGGUGCCUCGUCUCGUUACCCCGAGAACACUCUGGCCAGCUUCGAAGCUGCCAUCAGAGACGGAGCUGAUGGAAUCGAGAGCGACGUCCACGUCUCCCUCGACGACGUUGUUGUGAUGUUCCAUGACCCAGAUCUCCGGCGCACCACGGACUCUCAGGGUCAGAUCAGGGAGCGCCGAUGGUACGGUGCGGAAGGCAUGGAGCACGUUCGGACGCGCAAGGAGCCUCAUCAGGCUAUUCCCACCUUUGCGGAGACCAUCGCCCUCCUGAUGCUCCCUGAGAACCAGCACGUCGGAUUCAACGUCGACGUCAAAGUGCAGAACGACCCCGCGCGCUUGUUCGCACUGAUGCACAGCAUCAUUUCGUCCCAGCCUGAAUGGGAGACGCGCCUAGCGCCGAGGAUUCUGCUUGGGCUGUGGCAUCCGAGCUUCAUUGAUCCUGCCAAGGAGUUCCUCCCGUACUGCCGUCGUUCUCACAUCGGAGACAGCCCGUCGCUGGCGCGAACGUACUUCUGGAAGGACUGCGACGUGUUCAGCAUGGCAUUCGGGUCUCUGACGUCGGCUGACGGCGAGCGCUUCCGCCAUGAAUGUAAGGCUGAAGGGAAGGAGAUCAUGGUUUGGACCGUUAACGAUCCGAACCAUAUGACGGAGGCGACGCGUUGGGGCGUCGAUGUCAUCCUCACGGAUAAAACCCAGACAUGGCUUGCGUUGCGCACGGCAUUGAGCAAUGUUUGUUUUUGCAGCCGACUACGCGAAGAUCUUGUCUCAACACAGCCGGUUCUUCCUGUGGACGACCGUCAAGUUCUAUACUCCGAUCCAGUACAUCAAGCGCACGAUCGAGCAGCACCAGCUCGAGUCCGUUGCCGGCCCUUUCGACAAACUCAGACUUCUGGGGUCUUUGCGCGUCAGAUUGGCAUAUACCGUCAACUGGUGCCUGAGCUUUGUCCUAUAGAUCUCACCCCCAUAUCCUUAACUCUAAUCAUACCAACAUCUUGUGUCAUCCAUCCCAAGGACAAUCGUAUAGACUCAAAUUUCAUUCCCCAUUCCUUGAUACAUACAAGUACGCUUGACAUCUACAUCCUCGUAUAGACGCUGUAGUAGCUGACAGUACUACGGCGGCUGUGAAAACGACACCGGGGAAAGAGGCAUUACUUUGUGCGUAUGCGACAAUGAAAUCCAGUGAGCUAGAAACGAGCUAGCAACCCGAGAGAACGCGCGCUAGAUGAUGAUCUAGGAAGUGACCGCUGCCUUGGCAUCCGCGGCAGCGAACAGGUUUCUGGCUACCGCGGAGAUAGGCACAACAUCAUCGAAGCUAGUCUAGACGUGGAUAUUGCGGAGGCGGGGUCAGGCAGAGGUACACACACUUAGCAUAUUCCUUUUGAC